CCUGUCAUUACAUUACCUCUGGAAUAUCAUGAAUUCAAGUCCAGUUGGAUGUUAAGGUCAAAGAAAAAACGCUCAGUUGAGAACUAGGCAAGUCAGUUAUGCGCACAUGUCAGAGUUCUAGGUCAGACUGAGACACAAGUCACAAAGACGACGCUAAUGCAGUUUUGUACACAAAGAUGAACAUAGGUAAAAAAGAAGAACAAUUCCAAACAGAAUCAGAAGCUACAAGUACUUACAACACCUAGUCUAUUACUAUCUUGUAUACCAAAUUGAAAGCAAUAAACAUAUACUUGCAUUACUAUAAAGUAUGUAUUUUUUUUUGGAUUCCAUUCUUUUAAAACUUUUCUACAUAAUAUUAUGUCUACUUUGGCGGCUUACAUGCCAGUAUUUUGUUUGAUAUCUUGUAAACAAAAAAAAAGGAAGUUACAAGAAAUCAAACAAAAAAUUAACUUGUGAACCGCCCAAGUAGACCUACUAUUAUGUAGUACGAAAGUAUCUACACAUACGGAUGCACGGGAUGCAUAUGUAGAUGUGCACGCAUACAUGCAUAGCUAGUUUCGGAUACAAAAUACAAAUAGCGCUUCGUUUAAAUUAGUUUCCUUAAAAUGCUUCAAGAGCGCUCUCUUUUCCUAUAUAGUUACUUUACUCUUUUGUUAAAUUUUAUUAGAAAAAAAAUGACACAGGUAAGUAAUUAUAUUACUUAUAUCAUUCGUAAAUCCGCGUGCAAUGCUAGUAUUUAACCCAAAAGCGGCUCUCACUGGAUUUUUUAUCCGACCAGUAGUACGUUUUUUGUUCAAGUGGAAAGUAGCAGCGCAGUAGUUACUUAACUAUAUAAGGAAUAUCAUGGUUGAAAAUAGACCAGCCUCGGAAGGUGAUGUGGAAAGAAAGUCAGGGAAAAUCCAUAUCAGGGAGGAUCCAGGCUGGCAUAGUAAAGGCACAGGACCUACAGUGAAGCCAGAUAUACGAAUACCUGAAGUCUCAGAAAUUGAUCUCGAUUGGGUGAUUAACAAUGAGGUGGGACAAUUUGGACAGUUCCAAAAGAUUCAUGUCCUACUAUUAGUAUUUCCUGUUAUCUCUCAUGCGUUUAUGAGUGAAUUUGUGUUUUCCGCUGCCGCUGUUCCGCAUAGAUGUAGGAUUCCUGAAUGUGGAGAGACUGGUGGAACAGGUUAUGAAUUGUUACCAGAAUGGAUCUUGAAUGCUGUUCCCAGCAGCAACGGACAAGCAGACAGUUGCUCACGCUACGCACCGGUGGGUAAUGGCUCGCUGGAGUACUGCCCGGCUACUGUCUUCGACCAGACCGUUACGCAAGAGUGCGAUGUAUUCAUGUACGAGAGGACCAAUUCAGUCGUGUUUGAGUUUGAUCUUGGUUGCCAAGAGUGGAUGCGGGCGCUGGCCGGUACAUUGAACAGCAUUGGCACGCUACUCGUACUUCCGAUCACAGGCUACAUAUCCGACAAAUAUGGGAGACGUGUGGCUCUCUGCGUCAAUGUCUUCAAUUUGGCGUUUUGUGGCCUCAUCAGAGCGUUUUCUGUUAAUUAUCCCAUGUAUCUGGUGCUACAGAUUUUGCAAACAACUCUUGGAGCCGGUACAUCCAGCACUGCUUUUAUUUUAGCGGCAGAACAAUUGAUUGGCUCAAAAUACCGAGUACUGGCGAGCUCUGUAAGCUUAGUCUCUUUCUCAGUGGGUCAAAUCAUCAUGGCCGGAAUAGCCUGGCUCGUGCAGCCAUGGCGUUACUUCAUUAUGACACUAUACCUCCCCUGCUUUCUCAUGCUCGCUUAUUAUUGGUGCAUCUCGGAAAGUGUUCGAUGGCUACUUUCUAAAGAAAGGUUCGAUGAAGCUAAAUAUGUUCUGGAGAAAGCUGCAAAAAUAAAUAAAAAAAAGAUUAGUGACAAAUCUAUGCAGGCGCUGAUGACACCUGCGCCAGCAAAAGAGAGUCGGGUAAUAAAUAAAUCUCAUUAUAAGUUUGGUCUGUCUAUAAAUGUCAAUUGACCUUUAAUCUUGUCAAUUUAUGGACGUCUUAUCUCAAACGGGACCCGUUCAAAGCGAGGCUCCGGUCACCAUGCAGUUCUACAUCUUUACCUGACCUCGAUUUACCUUUAUGUGUAUUAUGCAUCUAAGUAACAGUAGUAACGCAUCGAUUCCUCUUAAGUGGCAUGUCGUUCACGUUCCAUUUUAUCUUUGACAGGCAUGU